UCCAUGCCAUUUGGUCUCUUCUCUCUCCCUCCUUGCAAAUUGCAUGACCCUCUCUCUCUCUCUCCACUUCUCUCUAUAAACCUUCCUCUCUCCCAUAACUUCUUUCCAUUUUCAACCUACAAAUAUACUAAUCUCUCUCUAGCUAGUCUUCACCUACAAAUCUCUCUCUCUCUCUCUCUCUCUCUCUCUCUCUUCAUGGAGACCACCACGCUUGUGCUGCUUCUUCCUCAUGGCGGCGCCGGCGGCGUACGGCCGGCGGCAGCGGCAACGGCGAAGCGAAGCUACGUGAUGAGGAGGUGUUGCUCGACGGUGAGGGCGGUCAUGGCGAGGCCGCAAGAGGCGCCGGCGUCGGCGCCGGCCAAGAAGACGGAGACGGCGGCGAUGAUGUCGACGGUGCAGACGGAGACGGCGGCGGCGCCGCCGGCGACGGUGUACCGGGACAGCUGGUUCGACAAGCUCGCCAUUGGUUACCUGUCCAGGAACCUUCAAGAAGCUUCUGGGCUAAAGAAUGAAAAGGAUGGCUACGAGAGCCUGAUAGAUGCCGCCCUAGCCAUCUCAAGAAUCUUCAGUCUGGAUAAACAAAGCGAGAUUGUGACCCAAGCUCUUGAAAGAGCACUUCCAAGCUACAUCCUCACAAUGAUCAAGGUGAUGAUGCCACCUUCAAGAUUUUCCAGGGAGUACUUUGCUGCAUUCACCACGAUAUUUUUUCCUUGGUUGGUUGGGCCGUGUGAGGUUAUGGAAUCUGAAGUUGAAGGAAGGAAAGAGAAAAACGUGGUAUAUAUCCCCAAAUGCAGAUUUCUGGAAAGUACAAAUUGUGUUGGUAUGUGCACAAACCUUUGCAAGAUUCCAUGCCAGAAGUUCAUCCAAGAUUCACUUGGCAUGAAGGUCUACAUGUCUCCCAAUUUUGAAGACAUGAGCUGUGAGAUGAUAUUUGGACAGCAACCUCCUGAAGAUGACCCUGCAUUGAAGCAGCCAUGCUUCCGGACAAAAUGUAAGGAAUUCCGCACUGAGGCACCUUCAUGGAUUCAAUCAACACUCCUCUAUAUUCAUACUUUUUACUUCGUGUAUAUGCAGGCGUCGCAAAGCAGAAUCAUGGUGUGAAUUGCUCCAUCUGAUCUGAAAGAAAUUAUCAAUAGAUAGAUUUCAAAUCAGUAAAAUGCCUUAAGCUCCAUUUCCUUUAUUCCUUUGGAAAAAAAAUUAGCACCAUCAUUGUUUUUGCCCACAACACCAGCAUGUUUGGAACAUACACUCUUCAUUGUAAUCCAAAAGUAAUCUAAGAGGAAAUGAAAGGCCCAACAGUAACCAUUUUAAGGUACAUCUACUCCAUAUGUUGUUAAAAGAGGAAUUGAAGAGCAUUGAAAGCGGGGCAUGGAGUUGCCGAUUUCAAAAA